AGGAGGUGGCGGGAUCACCAUUCCUUUGGAGGCGGCAGCUGGAUCAGACACUUGUACAACCUUGGGAGUGAAACAGAAUGAGAAUGCUUAUCUGCAAGGAGGAGGACUCAGAUCUACAAACCACGUUUUUAUCGUACUGCAAUGAAAGUGCCAUUAAAAAGUAAUACAGCUCGAGUAAUACUAAAAAAUAAGAUUUCUUGACCAUCACCAAGCUUCAAACAUGCUUCUUUUGCCUGGGGGCUGUCAGGCAGCUUUUCGGAAGAAUCUUCACAAUCACCAUGCUGACUGUCUGAUGGAACCACCACAGAGUCAGGGGGUGGAAGACGUCAAUGUCACGUUUGAGGACCAGCAAAAGAUCAACAAGUUUGCCAGGAGCACGAAUCGAAUGACAGAGCUAAAAAAAGAAAUUGAGUCAAAGAAGAAGUCACUGCAGAACUUGCAGGACGCCAGCGACGACCUAAUGAUGUUUGACGACGACUCACUGUUGAUCCCUUAUCAGAUCGGUGACGUCUUCAUCAGUCACACGCAAGAAGAGACGCAGGAGAUGCUGGAGGCUGCCAAGGAAGCACUGGAGCAGGAGGUCAAAGAGCUCGACGAGCGAGUGUCGGCGAUCCAACAGCUGUUGUCGGAUCUGAAGGUGCAGCUUUACGCCAAGUUUGGUAACAACAUCAACUUGGAGGCAGACGAAAGCUGAGGUGGGGUUUUGUCAGUCGACCCAGCAAGGACCUUGAUAGAACAUUUGACACAUAAACAGGAGGUCCAGUUGGACCCGACCUGUGAUGUUAUCGCAGAGAACCGCAAGGACAACAAUGGAGGAAAAAUAAAUGAAUAAAUAAAUUCCAUUCAAAUUUA